AUGAAGAGAAGAAGCGCAGUGGUGUGGGUGUUUUUGGUUGUUGUGGGUAUUACUCUUCGUGCUGUUGAGCCGUAUACUGUUCCCUUCCCAAACGCUGGUUCCUCUACAACACCAUCACACUCUCACAAUCUUGCGCGGUCUUUAAGCCCCCUUUUCGACGGCGUAAAUGAGGAUGGCUUCAGCUCGGAAAUGUUUCCAUCCUUCGACGAUGAGGCGGAAAACCACGGUGCCGUCUCAGAAUGCACUCACUGCUACAUCCACUGCAGCCACAGGGUCUGUCAAGAGCUCAUGGUCCGAUCGAGGAAACUCUUAAAGCAACAAGAUUGUUUUCUCAACUGUUCAUGUGGCCCCAUCAACUACAUCGAGCUAGAAGUCGCCGCGCCGGCUCUUCCGCAGCAAAUGGACGCAGACCUUGUACAAGACAUAAUUAACGCAACCGACAAUAUUGCUUCCUCUCAAGAGUUCGCGAUUCAAUCCUCGGACUGGAAAAGCAUCAUCAACCUGGUCCAAGCAUACGCAGACCAAGACUCAUCUAGGGGAUUGGGCACGUUGCGUAAACUCGGCACCACGCUCAGAAAGACUUCCGACUUGAAGGCUGCGACCUACUCUAGCUCCUGCUUCUUCAACUGCUUGACGAAAUACUUCUCCUGGUCCAUGGCAAAUCCCGAUGGUUCAGGUACUCUGACAUGCCGCACGAUCACUCCGCAGAAGCUCAAGGAAGAAAUCAACAUAUACCUCGACACAUACCUGAUCGACUACAUGGAGCGAUAUGGCCAGGAAUAUCUACGACUUGUGAAAGAUAUAAACCUAAAAUCUCCUCUGACCAUUGCAACACGUUUCAAGGAGCGCGGCGCCAUCAAACACGUCUGGGAUUACUGGCAAUGCAUGCUGGCGAUGACCGUCAAGAUGCUGCAAUGGCGUCACCUCCAGUUGCAGGCCGCGUCAGCGGAAUGAAUCUCUACGUCAAAGUAGGUCAUCACUCAUCGCAUAUCCUCCGGUCGAGAACCGGUAGGAUAGAUACUGAUGUCAGUUCGCUAAUGCGCGUAGCUUAGUUUGAUCCCUCAGAACCAGAUCCGCAGUGGCUAUAUUCGAACCGUCCGCUACCUAGUUGUACGAUAUAUGCAGCAGCGUCGCUAUCAUCGGGCUGCUCACAGGAGUUUCGGCGUUGUUCCUUUCCAUAUACCCAUGCAACACUGCUUUUCAGAAAGGGGGCCACUAUCUGGAUGCCAUCUGUAUUCCAUCUGUCUACCCUUAAAUGCCCUCGUUACGGCAACUCGCCGAGGGUGGUUCUGGUUCGAUGUUCGUAUACUCAUCAUGCUCAAAAUUCAGUCAUCGCAAUGCUUGAAAUUUCUAUUGUUGACGUACUCGCAUAUACAUAGUAGAUGGAGUUAGAUCGUAUUGGAGGAAUAUGAUUGGC